AUGGACUCUGAGUUAGCUUUUUAUGACAGGCUUUACCAGCGUUUCCCAGUGAAUCAAUUGGCCGGCUACUUGAAAGAGACCAUUUCAAGAAAAGAGUUGAUUUCUUUACAUAUUUCUAAGUUUAUUGAGGUAUUGUGCGAUAUUGAAGGUACAAACAAUUUUUACACCAAAAACGUUAUCAAGGUACUAAUAGAUAAUAUAGGUUUAUUUAACGAGACAGUGGAGCCACAGGAUAAUACUCUACAGAUCAUCGCCAAUAAUGAUAUUUAUUUAUCGGAUUGGCUAUAUGAAAAAUACAUUGAACUUCUAGAUAUCCAGCAACCUACACCUACCACAAAGGAUGUGAUACAGUACAGGAUCAACAACCAAAUCAAAAUCAAGAUUGAGGAGUCUCCAUACCUUAUCAGUGCUGCAGGAACCACAGGUUUUCGAACUUGGGAGGCAGCGGUGUACUUGACGAAAUAUCUUAUCGAUCUGGGAUUUCCCCCAGAAACUGUGAUGGAAAAUACUCUCGAGCUAGGUUCAGGAACAGGAAUGGUAAGCAUUGGACUAGUCAAGAAAUAUAAAGAUCAAAUCACAACUCUGUACAUCACCGAUGGAGAUUCACAAUUGCUGGAAGGCCAAUUAUCCCGAAAUGUGAUGCUAAAUGGAAUAGAUUCAUCGGACUCUGUAAAGCUACAAAAACUUCGGUGGAAUGAGGACCAUAUCCCAGACAAUCUCGAUCUUAUAGUAGCAGCUGAUGUCACUUACGACUCUAGCGUUAUACCGAGCCUGUGCCACUGCAUACUUGACUGCUUUAAGUCAUCAAAUAAAUGUAGUACCGUCUGUUACCUUGCGGCAACACGUAGAAAUCAAGAAACAAUUGCAGUGUUUGAGCAACAUUGCUCGGACCUAGGUCUGACUGUUAAGCUGGCAGCGUGCACAGAUAGCGACGUCAACUCUUGCAAGAUAGUGGAGGACAUUCUAUUCAAACCACUGAUCGCACCGAUCAAUAUUUAUAAAAUCACAUACAGUGCAAACAUUUAG